GGAGCAAAUUUAACUCUAUAAUAGAGUUACUCUAUUUUAGUGUAAAUUAUAGAGGAAAAAAUAGAGUGCCUUUGGAGAUGCUCUAAGGAGUCCCGAUGGACAUGCUCUGAAGUAUUAAACCAUGCAAGUAUAUAGCCAAUCAAUAAUACUAAUGUAAGUGACAAAUGGACCGGACUAUAUGCAGUCACAAAUUAAUAAUGUUAUGUUGUAAAUAUGAUAUUUUAUUAAUUUUUAAAAUUAUUAAUUUACAAAAAAUUCCUUCUAGAUUUAUAUAUAUUUUUUAGUAAAAUAAGAAAAUGUCUGAUUUUAUGGUAUAUAUAUAUAUUAAUUAAAUUUUAUUUAUACAAAUUUUAUGUCUUUGUUAUUUCAUUAUUUGGUGUAUAAACAAUAUUUAUCGUAAAUACAUUUAAGGUACAAAAUAAAAAAAUAACAUCCAAAAUUUUGAGUAUUUUUAAAAAUUUUAAAUAAUUUUAUUACAGUAUAUUGUUUAUGUUUAUGUUUACAUUGAAAUUAUAUUUUUUGUCAAAACAAUAUAUUAUUUAUAUAAUUUUUUUCUAAAAAAUUGUGUUAUAUUUUACACUGACUCAACUUACCAUAAUUUACACUAAAUGUCAAAAUUUGUUAAUUUAUCAAAAAAUAAUUAUAGAGUUUCUAUUGUAAUUUUUAUUAAAUUUAACAUAAUUAGAUUGAAAGGUAUUUCAGUUGACAAAAAAAUUUUGAAAGGUACCUUGUCAACCGGUCUUAACGAAAACAUACAAGCCAGAUCAAAUUAAAAUCCAUGGCACACAGAGUGACUCAAUAGUCAAUAGACAAUGGCCUGAAACAUACCCCAGUCUAUGUUUUCAGCUUAAUGAGCCCAACAUAAUAAUUUAAUUGGGCCUUAUAAAAUGAUUUUAGCCACGAUAAUGAUUUUGCUGGGCCCGAGUUGUCUUCUCUUUUAGCUUCCUUGUUAUGUUAUACAGAUUUUCCUUGAAAAAAAAAAAAAAAGCUCGAAGCUUCGAGGUGCCAUUGCUAAUGUUCACUCGCUGAUUUGAUAAUUAUUUAGCAGGAAGUAAUAUCAAUGGGUAGUGAAAGUGAUUCGAUAGAAGAGAAAGCUGCUGCUCGUAAAGAGGCACUUAGAGCUCUAAGGGCAGCUCAGGAGCUUUCUGAGAGCAAGGAAGAGGGAGAUGGUGAUGAUGUUGCUGUCGUAGAAGAAGAUGGUCCAGCCAUGAAGUUUAGAAAUUAUGUUCCUCAAGAUAAGGAGCUUCAGGACGGAAAGUUCGAAGAUCCGGUUGCUGCACUUCCACCUGCAGUGGAGAAGAAAGAGGACCCAUUUGUUAACAUUGCUCCAAAGAAACCGAACUGGGACCUCCGAAGAGAUGUCCAGAAGAAGCUUGAUAAACUCGAAAGGCGGACUCAGAAGGCAAUGUAUAAACUCAUGGAGGAGCAUGAGAAAGAACGUGAGACAGCAGAAGCUGAUGAAGAGGCAACAGAGAGCUAAAAGACCUGAUGACAUGACAGUUUAAAUCCGGUUUGAUCGUAAAUGGAGCAGGGAAUUUGCCUGAAGCUUGUGAAUGAGUGUUUAAUUUUACUUUAGAUUACAGAGCAUUUGUUCAGGGCACAAUGAAAAACAGAGACAGUAAGUUUUUACUCUUUCUCAAAGCUCUAAAUGUACAAAUA